CUCAUCACGUUUUCUCUCUUCAUCAACAACGAGGUCAUUGGUCGUUGGUCAUCAACCAUUGACCAUUGACUAUCAUAACAUUGCCCUAGCAAGUUAUUCCUCCAGGGCUUCAUAUUGGAAUCGUACGUUCUAUAAAGAUUAAUAGCACGCACCUUUUUUACCUUUUGAAAUUAAAAGAAUUGUAAAAGUUUAUAAAGAUUAGCAAUGGGAGCAACAAAUGAAGAUUUUUAUGCGAAAAGCCCUAUAAACAAGGUAGAUUAUCUUCCUAGAGAGGCAAAAGAAAUAUUGAAAUCAUUGGCAAGUAAAUGGAAGAAUGUACUUGACCCAAAUGCAAUGGAGGUUAUCAAUCUGAAAGGGGCAAUGACAAAUGAGGUUUUCAAAGUCAAAUGGCAAACACCAACUGGGGAAACUUCACAAAGGGUUCUCGUUAGAAUGUAUGGCGAGGGCACCGAAAUUUUCUUUAACCGAGAUGAUGAGAUUCGAGCAUUCGAAUGCAUAUCCAAAUCUGGAUAUGGCCCUCGUUUGCUUGGCAGGUUUGCAAAUGGCCGAAUUGAAGAAUUCAUCAAUGCCCGGACAUUAUUAGCAUCAGAUCUACGAGAUCCAUCUAUUUCUGCUCUUAUAGCUAUCAAGAUGAAAGAGUUCCAUGAUCUUAACAUGCCAGGACCAAAGAAGGUUCACCUUUGGGAUGUAUUGCGGAAGUGGCUUGUUGAAGCAAGGAAACUAGCUUCCCCUGAAGAAGUUAAAAUGUUUCAUUUGGAUGCAAUGGACAACGAAAUUUCACUUUUGGAAGAGAGAUUAUCAACUACUCACCAAAAAAUAGGGUUUUGCCACAAUGAUCUACAAUAUGGUAACAUAAUGAUUGAUGAAGAGACCAAAUCCUUGACUUUAAUAGAUUAUGAAUAUGCAAGUUAUAAUCCUAUAGCAUAUGAUAUAGCAAACCACUUCUGUGAGAUGGCUGCUAACUAUCAUACAGAAACACCUCAUAUUCUCAACUACAAGAACUAUCCUGAUUUGGAAGAACGUAGAUUAUUCGUUGAAACGUAUUUGAGAUCUUCAGGUGAAGAACAAAUUGAUAGCAAAGUGGAGCAACUACUUGAUGAUAUUGAGAACUUUACACUUGCAAAUCAUCUAUUCUGGGGAUUUUGGGGAAUAAUUUCGGAGCAUGUAAAUAGUAUUGACUUUGACUAUAAAGAAUAUGCAAAUCAACGGUUUCAAGACUAUUGGUUGAGGAAACAAUACCUUAUGAGUUCUCCUGCAUCAUCCCAUGAUUUAUCUGCUAAAGGUAAGAGGAAGCAUUAACGCCAACUAUGAAAGCAACCCCAACAAAAAAAUCAAAUGGACUUGGAAAGUUGAAGAAAAUGUUUAGUGUUAACAAGUCAAAAUAACAGAGCCCUCAUCAUAAGUGAUGAUAUACAUUGUAGAAGGGACAAAUUUUAUGAGCCCUCAUAUGUAUUUUUGCAUUAGUACUUUUCCUAAAAAUUGUUUGGAUAUUAUUUGAUUCUUUUCUGUAAGUCUGUUUAUUUUUGUAUUGGACAAGUAUUAUUUUUGUCCCUGCUAU